ACUAAUCCAGGCAUAGCAGUGAGGGGAAAAAUGAUGCAAAACAGUGAAGCAGCUGCAGGAGGGCCACAGCACGGACAAAGGAUGAUAUUUACAGGCCCAGAUGGAAUUGGAGACUACAGGCCGAGAUCAAAUUAUUUCCCCAGGUACAUCGGUGCGGGCGCCUCGUCAACGGAGGCCACAGGUGACCUCGGUUACUUGUGCCAAGGUGCCGCACGUGCACCUCCUCCUAUGCCCAAGCAGAGCUAUGUGGGGGGGGUUGGCUGGGGCUGGCAGUAUAACCAGCUGUUGAACAGUGGGACGCUGCUCAGCAACAUGCAAAUUAAGAAAACGGAGAUACGGACAGCGUUGGAGGACAGAGCGGCUCACAGGUUCCAGAGCAAUCAAAAGAACAUGACGGAUGACUUACUCCAACUCAACACAACGUUUCACAGAGACACUCAGACGUAACCGCAGAUGGCUUCUACCCACGGCAGCUGGA